CAAUCAGAAGUUAACACGACGUAGCAUACGAAAACUUACAUAGCGUUGAGGGAUUCUCCCAACACAUUUCAACGAAAUAAGUACGCGUAGAAAGAACGUUUAGAAGAACAUCAAAGAAUAACUGUCUAUUGAAAAUUGUCGUUUAUACGUUUGUGAACUUGGAUAACAAAACGGGAAUGAAGGUCCUAUCAUUGUGUUGUGCAGCAGUGCUGCUGUUAGCAGUCGUUUAUGCUGACGAUGAUGAGAAGGAAAAGAAGGAAAAUGUUGGAACUGUCAUCGGUAUUGACUUGGGAACAACUUAUUCAUGUGUUGGUGUGUACAGAAACAAGCGAGUGGAAAUAAUUGCCAACGACCAGGGAAACCGUAUCACACCAUCUUACGUGGCCUUCACUGAAGAAGGAGAGCGUCUGAUUGGUGACGCUGCGAAGAACCAGCUUACCAGCAAUCCAGAGAAUACCGUUUUUGAUGUUAAGCGUCUCGUUGGCAGAACUUGGGAUGACCCAUCAGUCCAGCAUGACAUUAAAUACUGGCCAUUCAAGGUCAUCAACAAGAAUGGUAAGCCCCAUGUUCAGGUCAAAGUCAAAGGAACUGACAAGACUUUCGCCCCAGAGGAGAUUUCAGCCAUGGUUCUUGGAAAGAUGAAGGAAGUCGCAGAAGCAUACCUUGGGGAGACGAUCAAGAAUGCUGUUGUCACAGUCCCAGCGUACUUCAAUGAUGCCCAAAGACAGGCCACAAAAGAUGCCGGAGUCAUUGCUGGUCUCAACGUUAUGCGAAUUAUCAAUGAGCCAACUGCAGCUGCCAUUGCAUACGGCCUUGACAAGAAAGAAGGAGAGAAGAACAUCCUUGUGUUUGACCUCGGUGGUGGCACUUUUGACGUCUCCAUUCUCACCAUUGACGAUGGUGUGUUCGAAGUUGUAGCAACAAACGGAGACACCCACUUGGGAGGGGAGGACUUUGACCAGCGUGUCAUGGAACACUUCAUGAAGCUCUAUAAGAAGAAGAAGGGAAAGGACAUCCGCAAGGACAACCGUGCCGUCCAGAAGCUACGUCGUGAAGUUGAGAAGGCCAAGAGGGCGCUGUCCUCUCAGCACCAGACUAAGAUCGAAAUUGAGUCUCUCUUCGAUGGUGAAGACUUCAGUGAGACCCUUACCAGAGCAAAGUUUGAGGAGCUGAACAUAGACCUUUUCCGUGGGACACUGAAGCCAGUGCAGCGUGUUAUGGAGGAUGGAGAUCUGAAGAUUGGCGAGAUACAGGAGAUUGUGCUGGUCGGAGGCUCCACACGUAUCCCCAAGGUCCAGCAACUUGUGAAAGAAUAUUUCAAUGGCAAGGAGCCAAGCCGAGGCAUCAAUCCUGACGAAGCUGUCGCCUAUGGUGCAGCUGUCCAGGCCGGAGUUUUGAGUGGGCAGGAAGACACCAGCGACCUUGUACUUCUGGAUGUCAACCCACUGACCAUGGGUAUUGAAACUGUGGGAGGAGUUAUGACCAAACUGAUCCCGAGAAACACUGUCAUCCCAACAAAGAAGUCCCAGAUUUUCUCCACAGCUGCAGACAACCAGCCUACUGUGACCAUCCAGGUGUUUGAAGGUGAGCGGCCCAUGACCAAGGAUAACCACCUGCUGGGGAAGUUCGACCUGACCGGUAUUCCGCCCGCACCUAGAGGAGUUCCACAGAUUGAGGUCACUUUUGAGAUUGAUGUUAACGGUAUUCUGAAAGUCACUGCCGAAGAUAAGGGCACAGGCAGCAAGAACCAGAUUGUCAUUCAGAACGAUAAUAACAGAUUGUCACCAGAGGAUAUCGAUAGAAUGAUUAACGAUGCUGAGAAGUAUGCUGCUGAAGAUGAAGCCCAGAAGAGCAAAGUCGAGGCAAGAAAUGAACUCGAAAGCUAUGCUUACAGUCUUAAAAAUCAGAUAAACGACAAGGAAAAAUUGGGAGCCAAAUUGAGUGAGGCUGACAAGGAGACAAUUGAAACCGCACUUGAUGAGAAGAUCAAGUGGCUGGAGUCCCAUGCUGAUGCAGACACAGAUGAAUUCAAAGAGCAGAAGAAAGAAUUGGACGAAAUUGUGCAGCCGAUAAUGAGCAAACUGUACCAGGGUGCAGGUGGAAGUGGUGGUGCCCCUCCAACUGGUGAAGAUGGAGACCACGAUGAGUUGUAAGAAUAAACUGUUUUAGGAUAUACAAAUUGAAAUCAUCACAAACGUAGGGGGCUAAUCGCGCUUUCAAAGUCACUUGCUUUGGCUGGUUCAGCUGAAAGCAUCAUGUGGGGGUAGAUGUUAAUUAGAUGGAUUCUGACUUGAUUCAUCGAAAGAUAUUGAUGUUGAUGCGUUUUGAAGACAGCCUUUUAGUGGACUUUGACAUACCAUUAUUGUGGUUAUUUAUGAAUAUGAAGUAGAACAUUCCACCAUUUAAAGUAAUACUGGAUUAAUUUUCCUUUCUGACAAAAACUGGGACUUUGAUUAUCUUUUCCCAUUAAACAUGGAAAUCUAGAUUUAUUUUCAUUAUUUCAUUCAGCAUAUUAUCAUCAUUGGAGUCAUAUGAAAUCACCCACAUCACCAUUAUUAAAGGUUAUUUUUCUAAAUGACUGAUGGGUAAAUGUUGUUCCAUGACUGAGUGUACAUGAAAUUCGUGUUUCUAGGUUAAUGUGGUUCUCAGUGAAAGGGCAUAGAAAAUAUAUGGUCGUUUGAUUGUAUAUAGGACAAUCGUUUCUACAUCUAGAAAAGUAUCUCAGUACUAUGUUAAGUUAUUUAUAACUUGUAAGUUACUUUUAUAAUGCAUUUGUUUGUUUUUGUUAAAAAUUUAGGUCACUUGUGAAGUGUUGUGUACCUCUGUUUCCGUAUUGGUUUGCAAAUCCAUUCAAAAAUGUAUACUUAAAUUAUAUAUUAUUGAAACAAAAAGUAUCUGAAAAGGAAAAAUAGCUGCAUUAUAGUAUGAACUUGCAAACAUGUGUGUUAUUAUUGGGUAUCUGUAAUGCAAUAUUGUGAUCAUUGUGAAUGGUGUAUUAUCAUGAACAUUGUAUUUGUUUUCUAUGACAUAUAAAUAUUGUUGUAUUGAAAUUGACAGCAAAUAAAAAACACAAAACAACA